AUGCGGGCUAUCAAGAUUCUCCUACAGUACCCUCUUGGAUCUGACAAAGACCGGGUCCAGAAACGAGAGUUCCAAAUCCACAGGAGGGUCACCGGUCACGACAAUAUCGUCUCCAUCCAUGGCUUCUUCCGCGAUCUGGAAUUCGUAUACGCCGUCAUGGACUUCUGUGCUGGAGGGGAUCUUUUUGCCGCAAUCACAGAGAAGCAUUGGUACGAAGACAAGCCCAAAAGGAUCAAAUCGACUUACCUCCAAAUAUUGGAUGGAGUCCAACACUGUCAUAACUUGGGAAUCUACCACCGGGACAUCAAACCCGAAAACAUCCUCUGCUCACAGAAUGGUAGCCGUAUCCGCUUGGCCGACUUUGGCCUUUCAACGAAUAAAACCUUCUCCAACGAGUUUGGUUGCGGAAGCUCCUAUUACAUGAGCCCAGAAUGCAUAGGCACAAGUAGGGAGAAUGGUCGCCAUGCUUAUUCUACACCUCAUAACGACAUAUGGUCCCUCGGGGUGAUCCUAACCAAUAUGGCGACUGGCCGCAACCCUUGGCGCAUCCUCAAGUCCAUAUUCGUGCUCGACUGGCGCGAGCGUAUCCCGCUUCCACAACUCCGACAGCGUAUGGUCGAACUGGGCAAAGUGUUCCAGAACCAAACUACCCCCCUCCAGCAAGAAAGUUUACCUAUUGCCUCCAUCCAAUCCGAGGGUCCGACACUCGUAGAGACUAUACCUCCCGCGAAAGCAAACAGUCGAGAUUCCCGCCAGGCCUCGCCUGAAAACAAACCCCUCGACGACCCUUCGGUGGCAAAUGUCGGCAAUGCAGACAGUGGCUCCCCAGUCCGGAGCAAGCGUUCGCGUCAGUUGCGCCCCCAGGUCUCGUCCGAUCCCCCACCGUCGGGCGCGCUUGACCCGUCGCUGGCUCCGCCUUCUGAAUCAUCGGGAUCCAGCUGUUCUGAUCGCAGCAAAGGACCGAAAACUCCUGCGUCGGCCAUAAAGCCAGCCAACGACGUCGUCGAAAUUCCUGGAGAAGUUCCCGACUUAAGGCUGGACAACCCGGCCAACCCAAUCGUUCAGGAAGAAAUACAGCCUUUUGGAUCACCCGGUGGAGAGAAAGCAAAGCGCAGUUUGAAGAAAAGCAACCUCUUCCGCACAUUGCAGCGCUUCAGAGUGGGGCAGCCCGAGUCCUCGAACCCAGAAUAGUCGAGGUGGCUGCAUGGGUUGUUUGGUUAAAGUAGCGAGGUUGUACGACUUUGCGGAACCAAUGUCAUGUCGGGGAUCUGAUUGGUUGAAAUGUAAUGGAAGAGCGUAUGAUAAAGGCCUCGGC